AUGGAGAAGGCUAGCAACGAAGACGAGCACGAGGAUCUCACCUGGGUCAUGACUCCCGAGGACGACUACCUCCUGUUGGCCCACCAGCUCGAACAUCAACAUCACGCCGGCAAGAAAUCAUCCAUGGCAAGAAAGGAUGACAGGCUUGUGGUGCCUCCGGCCUCGUCCUUCCCUUCCUCUCCCCAGAGAUCUGCCCCCGUGUCGGCGAAGAAGACCCUCACCGACAUCUCCUCCUCGCCCGCCGCGAAGAAGUCUUCUAAGAUCACCUAUUCCUCCCUUUCGAAACCUCCUCCGUUCUUGUCGCGCAAGCGCAAAUCAUCACCGAACGAGAUCAUCAUCACAGAUGAUCAGCCCGAGCCAUCUUCCACCUCUUCCUCCAGCUCCACUUCCUCAUCCAGCUCUACCAGCAGCACCUCCGCCUCGUCCGCUUCUGCAGCAGCCAGCCCAGCACUCAAGAAGCAAAAGUCGAUCAACCACUACUUCGGCUUCCAGAGGCAGACCUCUUCUUCCUCUUCUUCCUCUACUUCGCCAUCUGCACGCGAGAAGAAGACCGCCUCUGCUUCCUCCACAGAGAGCAGUGGCGAAGGCCCGCCCAAGGAGCCCUGGUGGCUGCGUGCGGCGCGGGGCGACGCCGACCAGGGACAAACAACUCGCAGGGCCUCGCGCGGGCAAUCCGCGGCCAGCGGCGCGCUCCUCACGAACGGCGGCCACGGCGGCUCGAGGGAGAAUGGUGCAGGGCGGGCCGACGACGAGCACCACCACCGCCACCAGCAGCAGCGAGGGAGGACGGGGGACGCCAACCGAUCAUCGGGCCACGCAAAGAAGAGCUCUCUGGGUGCUGGCACGACCACCACCGGCAGCAGUAGCAGCAGGAGUGCAGGAGGUGCCACCCACUACGUUGACCGAUGGGACAAGCAGCACGUACGAAUGCCGUGCUCGCCCAAGAACGUGUACGCACCGACGACCAACUGGGGAGGAGGACACCAAGUGCUGGAGAGCAAGUGGGAGUUGAUUCAAACCGUGCUCCAGCAGUCGAUCGUGGAUUCGUACGCCAUCGAAGAGGCCAUUCUUACUUUCAACCAAUCCUACAAGAACAAGUGGAGCUUCGGCGGCCUGCACUCGUUCUUCGCCGAACACUGCAGCCCCGAAGAGCGGAGGCUCUUCUUCGGGUCCACGCUCCCCUUCAUGAUCGACCUCGUCCUCUCCACCAAGGAGAUCUGCCCCGAGCCCAUCGAGUUCCUCGAGAAGCAGAACGACAAGGUCAUCAUGCUCAGCCAGAAGCAGAUCGCGUGUCUCCUCGCCAACGCCUUCUUCUGCACCUUCCCCGGCCGCAACACGAAGAUGGGCGAGAAGGCGGUGGGACAGAAGUACCCGAGCAUCAACUUCAGCGACCUCUUCAUGAGCCCCAUGACCGGGCAGCGGCUGGGCAAGCUCCAGUGCAUCCUCAACUACUUCCACCGCAUCUCAAACCAACCUCUGGUGGGCAACGUGUCCUUCCACAGGCGAGUGCUCCACGACUUCCCGGAUUGGCAAGCCAGCAAAGCUCCGCUACGACGACUCACCGUGCGAUCCGACGGCACGAUCGAGGACGACACACCGGCCGAAGGCCUGGAGGUGGACUUUGCCAACAAACUGAUCGGCGGCGGUGUACUGGGUCGAGGAUGCGUGCAAGAGGAGAUCCGCUUUCUCAUCAGCCCCGAGUUGAUCGUCGCCCGACUGUUCUGCGCCGAGUUUGAUGACAACGAGUGUCUGGUGAUGAUGGGCUCGGAGCGAUUUAGUGACUACACGGGCUACUCCGAUUCGUUCUGCUUUGGCGGCGACCACCAGGACGCCACGUCGCGCGAUGGCUGGGGCCGCAUGCGGACGACGAUCGUGGCGAUCGACGCGCUCGAGUUUUCGCGGUGGGGCGCGUCGGACGAGUUCCGGCAGCGUAACGUGGAGCGGGAGCUGAACAAGGCCUACUGCGGCUUUCUGGCCGUUGACGACGGCUCACCUCCCGCGGCCUCCGCCCUCCCGCUCGUCUCCACCGGCCACUGGGGCUGCGGCGCGUUCGGCGGCACCAAGGAACUCAAGAGCCUCAUCCAGCUCAUGGCCGCCUCCCUCUCGCGACGCGACAUGCUGUACUUCACGUUUGGGGAUGAAGUGUUCGCCCAGCGGCUGAAGGACACCCACGCGCUCCUUCUUCAACAGAACGCCACCGUGGGCGACGUGUACGAGGCGAUCACCGAGUACGCCGAGCUGAUGGAGGACUCGCAGGGCAACAUGGACCUCUUUGACUUCCUCGCCGCCCGCUUCGGCUAA